AAACAAGUCCAAACAAGUCGCCUCAAACGGAACGGAAAACUCGUAUUUUUUGGAAUAAAUCCCGCUUUAAAUCGUUCAAAAUCACUGCAAAAAUCAUCUUAUCACCCACUUGAAGUGAGUUGCAAUGUUCAAAAGUGAAUAUGCCGACGACACGCAGUGCUAAGAACUUAAGAACCACUAGAUCUGCACCACCUUUGGUGGAGCCGCCCAAAAAGUUGCAACGCAACAAUAUUUCCGGUGGCGGUGGCCGUUCCGGUUCCUCCGGGGAAGAAAACGACGAAAGUUUGGCCCGGAAAUUGAGGUUGGGACUGCAGCUGAACGGAGGUACUAACAACAACAACACAGCUGAGAAGAGUUCGAAUGAAUCGGCACCGGAAACGGCUAAGCGGAAACUGAAAAAUAUUACCAAUACUGUGUCGGUUGUUGCUCCUGUUCCGGGGAAAGAAGUUAUAGAAUUGGCGACUCGCAAGCGACGAUCAACCGGUGAUGUCACCAAAAACGAUUGUGGGGAGAAGCGUCGGAAGAAAGGAAACGAUAUCAACCUGGAUUCCGUCUCUGAAUCUGAACCCAUUUCCCCAACCGUAGAUGGACGUCAACGGCUGAAAAAUGUUCUUGGUGCCCAUUACUUCGAUGUUGUCAAUAGACUGCAGCUAGACUAUGAACCGGAAUGUCUACGCAAAAUGAGUCAUUGUGCUGGAGUUCACGCGAAACGGAUCAAUCGAGCCCAUAGGAUGCACGAACGAAGGUACCGGGACACCAAGGAACUGCUUGUGGAAAACAGGCCGGAUCUGUUCCUGAACUAUUUGGAACAAGCCUUGCUGCGGCGAGAAUUCAUCGACUCGGAUUUGUUUCUUAGAACUCUGGAACUUAUACUGACAAUGAACAAGCCAUCUUCACUGUUAAACGCAGAUUACACUGUCGAAUUCGUCCUGCGGAAGGCGAUUGAUGUUUUGGAUCACACCGUUGACUUUUUCCCGCCCUGCUGGCUGGACGUCAAACAGUCGUACCUGAAUGUUCUGUUCGGUUCCCUGGAAGAAGAAUGCUUCCUAAAGUUCGAUCGAUCCGAGGGAUUGUUCAGACUGCUGUUGGUUUUGCUGGAACGAAAUGUGGAGUUCCGAAGUGAGGAUUUCGGCGCUCUGACAGUUUCAAGGUCUAACUCGGACCCUCGAGGUAUCGCUAGCUUUCAGCUUUGGGAACAGGAAAACAAUUUGAAGUACGAUUUCGAUCAACUAACGAGGGAGCAGAAGUUGGAUCGACUUUUUGCGGUGCUUCGGGUGCUGGUCAAAAUUUUGGAAAUGGAUCUUGCUAUGUGGACAUUGAGACAUCCGCACAAAACCAAGGAAAAUCUCUGCAGCCAAACGCGAAGGCCUCUCAUCGGCAGCGUUCUCUGGUCCGAACAUUCAACGGUUGGCGAGGUCAAUUCCCUAAUCAAACGCAUCGUUCAGCUGUACAUCAACGUAGUUGCGGCAAACUAUCCUGAAGAAAGCAUUCAGGUUAUUUCGCGAUUAGUAACAGUAAUCGGAACGGUCAUCAAUUUGAGCGAAAUCCAGUUCGACGAUGGAGCCCUCGAUUAUCCGUGCAUCAAGAACAAUACCCGAUAUUUUGUGCAGCAGAUUACCCGGUUAAUGGAAUCCAGUGCGCAAUACAGCGUGUCGCUUUGUUUACGUGUUAUCGAACAAAUGCGUUCACCGCUGAUCCGGAUGAUACUGGUCGAACAGUUUCUCGAGAAACUGACCAUCAACACGAGCCAAUCUGGCUCCGGUAAAUCGUCAACCGUUUCCUUCGUUCGCAUUCUGGCCAAAGGACACUGGAGAGAUUACCCGUUGAUUAAUCAUAGCAGUGCUGAGAAUAGUUCGGUUGAUUCGGAUGAUCCACCCACACGUUACCCACUUCUAAAAGACCGGAAGCUAUCCAAAGCUUCUCGGAAAGAGUUCACCCGGGAUCAGUACCUUAACAUUCUGUUUCAAGGAUUCAGUGCAUACACGAAAGUGUACCCACUUCCGGAAUACUUCCGAAUGCUCAAACUGUUCACCGAUGGCGGAUCACCAUCUUCGUCGUCAAACAAAGUUCGAAACGCUACCCUAAAAACUCCCCCGAGAAAGGUAAUUCAAGCCGCCAAAUAUGACUUUCUUUCGAUGGAACGAAGCAUUGCGCAGCUCAUGGAACAACGAAAGCCGGACAAAAUAAUCGUGGCAAAUCGUUCGAACAGCAACCGUUUACUUCUAGAGGAAAUCAACGUAACGCCGGACCUCCUGGACUACUACCGGGACGAGGUAAAACAUUUGUUGCUGAUGCAGCGAUGGUUCCGGGAAAAAAUUAUUCGAGCUACCCGGCAGGAGCAUCGGGAAGUGUUCAAACCCUGGAUGGAGCACCUGGAGCAGAUCGAUGAGUCGUUGGCCUGUGAAUCAGCGUCGACGUCGUCGUCCUCGUUUGAUUAGGUUUAAGUAGGUGAUACUUUAUCAUGUCAUUUCCAUGGCUGCCGUCAAAGCGGCGCUAAGUAAACCCAGUAAGAUAGUGGACUAACUUAUUCAUAUUGUUAUUUACAAAUGAAUUUUUUUUAAACUAUAAUAUGAAUA